AUUCGGAGUCGAAAAACGUGGAAAAUGGAAUUCGAAGAGACGGAGAGAACAAACUGAGGUUUAUUAGCGACGACGACGAAACUUACAAUAUCGAUAUCAACAACAAACAAAUAGAAAUCAUAGUUGCAAAUAAAAUAAUACAAGUUUGGGCAAAAACCGAAAAAUCGAAAACCCUAUUGAACAUCUGGUCCACCCCUUCGACUUUUUCAAGAUAUUUAGAAGAUCCUAUUAUAUCAAUUAAACGUGAAGACAGCUCGGUCAAAAAUGAUGAAUUAAAAAUAAAGCUAAAAUCGCAAAAUAAAAACCAAAUUUUGGAACAUUCCAUUAAAAUAGAACCGCAUGCAAAAUCUAUACUAGGAAUGAUAAGUGCCUUGAAACUGAUACUAAAACAAAUACAAGAAUUCGAGAAGGCGGAAAAAACAAAAAACAUGAACGAUGACGCGAAAAUUAAGGCAGAGCUCAAGAACCUUCUUCAAAACAUAAAACAAGCCGCACCUGUCAUUAUUGAAAAAGCUGUUAUUGAAAAAGAGAAUUUCCGAAUAUUGGAUGUUCGUUUUCGUAUUGUGGCGACAAUGAUUGAAGCAGACUUAACAACUGCAGUUAAAAAAAUUUUAAUCAAGCCUAAUUUACGAUUACACAUUCCAGAAAAAGUUAUUCAAUAUCAAAAUAAUCAAACAAAGUAUAACUUUGUGUGGCUUCUUCCUGAACCAAUAAUCGACAAAGAGCAUCGUAGUGCUUUGAGAAUUGCAUGUGAUUAUCGUUAUCAACAUAAAUUAGUAAAAUCUCUUUUAGAAUAUUAUUUUGCUAAUGCUAAAGAUAAUGCAAACUGGAUGGAAACUGUUACUCAAGCUUUACCCGAAUUGUUCACAGAAUACCCAAGUAUGUAUAUACAUGCACAGUUUGUGAAUGAACUAAUGAAAGAUAUAAUUAUCCACCAAAAAGAGAUCCCUCUGAACAAAUCACGGGAAUCUUAUCUACCAGCUGAUAAAUAUAGUUCAGUUCGUGCAUUUCGUUGCAAGGCUAAUCUUUACGAUAGUCGUCAAAAACAAACACAACCGGAAAAUAAAAAACGGAUUCAUAGCUCUAAAUAUCGAAAAACAAACACGAAAUAUUACCAAGUUCCGCUUCCAGGAGUGAUGCAAAGCUUCAACCUACGAGCUAAGGAUGCCAUUUUCGACUACGGUUAUAAUUUUUUAUUAAAAUUCAUCUUCCUUGAACGAAAUCGCGGCAAUAAAAGCCCAUUUUUCUAUCUCGUAAUCCACGAUAAAACUGGUGAAAUUUUCGACAAUCCCUCGAUCGAAGCAAUUGUUGAUUUUCAAUGGCGUCAUUAUGCCAAUCUCUUUAUUGUUAUGCGGUUCAUAUUGUAUAUUCUUUACGCAAUACUGUUUGUGUGGCAAAGUUAUUCACAUUUAAAUAAGAUUGUAUAUGGAAAAGCGGUUGGAGCUUUAUUUAAGCCGGUUUCUAUCCUAAUGUGUAUAUUCGCAUAUUCGCAUUUCGUCGGAAAAGUACGAAGAGGCCGUUAUGUCCCUUGGUCACAAUAUUUGCUAUCAACUUUAUACAUAUUCGAUCUUUUGGGCUCAACUUUGCCUUUUAUUGGUUCAGCAUGGAUGUUGUGGGUACAUUUACAUUAUGCUGACUUGCUACUUCCCGCUGAUAUAAAUGGUACAAGAAAUACAAGAAAAGAAUCUCUUUAUUGCCAACUGCAUAAUGAGCGAUGUCAAGCUGAGGUUAUCUUUUAUUCAUUGGCUGGGUUAUUAUUAUGGGUUGUUUUUUUCUUCCAAAUGCGGUUUUUGCCAUGGAUCGGAACGUCUAUCUUUAUUAUUAUCAAUGUUAUCGUAAACGUAUCUGGAUUCAUUUUUUCGCAGAUAUUUAUUAUUGUAGGCUUCGCAAUCUCUAUGUCAUUACUUUUACGAUUUGCCCCCGGGCUAGGUGUAUUUCCUAAUUCAUCAACGUUUACUGGAAAUUUUACGACAAUAAAUCCAAACAAUCAAACAACUCCAAAUUUCACUAUGACGCAAGAUUUAGAUUGGAUGGAUCAAUCAGAUAAUUACUAUUAUAAUUGGAGUAAAGCAAUCGAAGCAGUGUACUUUUGGAUCGGUGGACGCUGGGAUCAGAUCGGCAAUUGGACUUUUUGGCCAGUUGAUUUAGUCACGGUGCUUGGCAGUCUAGUUUUGGCCACUCUUAUGCAAAAUCUUUUGAUCGGUUUAAUGGGAAAAGCACUCGGUGAAACAGUUUUAGUGAGAAGAACGCUCGUACGAAUGCGUGCACAUCUUAUAAUAAAUUUGCCUGAUCAAUUUCCAAUGAGAUACGUAUACUACUCUGUUCCAGGCGAAAAAAACGACGCGCCUUAUGAGGAAAAAACAGAAGAACAGCUAGGCCACAUUGAAUAUAUGGUGAAAAAGACAGAAGAACAGCUAAAAGAUCUUGAAGUAAUAGAGAAAAAGACAAACAUCUAA